CAAAAGAGAGGUGCAGUACAAGUGGAGUUUAGUUAGAGCCUCGGCCGGUACAAACCGCACCCUAAAUAAUAAGAAGCGCCGUAAAAUAGAGCUAAAAUAAGAAAUUUUCACUUGUAUCCUUUCCUUUUUAUAGGCAAAUCUAUAAAUGGCCGCUGAAACUGGGUCCAAAUGUUGACCCUCACAAACUUUCUCGACGACUUGGUGCGGAAGCAAUUGGAGAGCCAAAUUCAUGAUUCUCAACUGUUUAUUGCCCUAAUUUUUUGUAGUUCUUAUUUCAUGUACUGGAUUUUGCCCUAAAUUUUGGAGAUCCUUGUUCUCAACUUGUCUUUGCCCUAGUUCUUCUCUUUUUCUGGUUUUGGUUUUGCCCUUAAUACUCGAUUCUGAGCUGAUUUAUUGAAAAGAGGGAGAGGGAGGGAGGCUAUUUUUGAAGAUAAAAGAUAAUUUAUUGGAGAAGAAGUAGUAGUAGAAGAAUAAGGAUAAUUUGUAUUUUUUAUUUUUAGGCCAUGGGAACGCCAGAAUUUCCCAAUCUUGGAAGACACUGUAGUGUGGAUGAUUGUCGUCUGAUUGAUUUCUUGCCCUUUACAUGUGAUCGAUGUGACCAGGUCCUUUGCUUAGAGCACAGAAGCUACAGCAAGCACCAUUGCUCGGGCCCCAAUAAAGAUGAUGUCACAGUCUUGGUCUGCCCCUUGUGCGCUAAGGGGGUCCGCCUUGACCCUGAAGAAGACCCAAACAUAACCUGGGAAUCCCAUGUUCGAACUGAUUGUGAUCCAUCAAAUUACCAAAAAGCCACAAAAAAGCCACGAUGCCCUGUUCCCGGCUGCAAAGAAACCCUAGUUUUUUCAAACACCAUUAGAUGCAAAGACUGCAACCGAGACCAUUGUUUAAAGCACCGUUUUGGUCUCGACCACAAGUGCCCAGGCCCCAAGAAACCCGAACCCAGCUUCUCUUUUUCAGGGUUCCUAAGAGGUCAGAAGAAUGAGCCCUCCGGGCCCAAGUGGGCUUGGAAGACUGAGACCACUGGGUCCAGAAGGGCUCAGCCACAGGUGCCUUGGGGUCCAAGCCUUCUUAGUGCAGCAUCAAGCAUGAGGGCCUCAGCUGAGUCGAGCUUUGCUAAGCUGAGUAUUGCUACAAGCGAAGCUUUGCAAAAGGCAAAGGAGGGGGCUAUGGCUUCAUGGGAAGCAAAAGGUCAAGGAAGUGGGGCCUUGGCUGAGAAGUGUAGGCAAUGUGGGGCUCAGUUUGGUGAUGUAGCAGAUUUGAUAAACCAUGUUGAGAGGGUUCAUGAGGGACCCAUGAACAAUGGUGAGGCCAUUGAUGUGUGCCCAAAGUGUCAAAGAGGGUUUAGGGACCCAGUUUUACUUGUGGAACAUGUGGAGAAGGAUCAUAGAGGAAGCUCGAGGAGUUGAUCAGGUACCUUUGAGUCAAAUUAUUUAAUUCUUUGUUAUUUUUGCUUCUUGUAUCCUGUAGUACAGCAUGGGUGCUUCAGCACUACUUGCACAAUCUGUUUGCCUCAACAGAUGGUUGGAGAUUCAAUGGAUUGAUGCCCAUUGAGAUAUUGACUACGGUGCAAAUUCUCUCCAACCAUUCAGCAUUGGGGACAGAUGGUGAUUAUUAUGGCUUUGGGAUACCUUGUACUCCAUUGGCCUAUGACUAGACUUCUCCUUUGUUAUUUUUAUUGAACAAACAGAAAAUCUUUGUGAUUUUUCUUAUAAUGCUAUCCUUGAGUGGCCUUGGUCUAGAGAAAGUUCUCUAAUUUUUCAUUAGAGGCAAACUGACCUGGAUAGUGUAUUUUUUGUUUCCAGUCUCCCCUUGAAACUUUUAUAUUUUGAUGAUUUUUAUUUUAAAUGUCAGUGAUAUGCAAACAGUGAUAUGUCAGUAUAAGUGCCGUUUUACAAUGAAGUACGAAGAUUUGCACAAA